AUACAUCAGCACCGUUGACUGCGAUCAGCUGAGUGCAGAUUCCUGCUCAUCAUGGGCUCCGCUCACGGUUAAUAUCCCUGAUAUUGAAGCCUGACUCUUUGGUUUAUUCUUGGUUUUUAUUUUCAUCGUCUCCUUCGUCCUUCUGGAAUAGUCUGAGGUCGAUCGGAGAUUCCUGUUUUUCUUUCAUUGGGACGGAUGCUGAGUAUGCUGGGAAAGUACUGAGGCAUGAUGGAUCCUGAGGAGGCAGAGCUCCAGAAUGACUACCGCUACCGUAGUUAUGCAGCUGUUAUUGAAAAGGCACUGCGCAACUUUGAGUCUUCGAGCGAGUGGGCUGACCUCAUCUCUUCUCUCGGAAAACUCAAUAAGGCUCUCCAGAGUAAUCUGAAGUACUCUCUGCUGCCUCGGCGGCUGAUCAUUGGGAAACGGUUGGCUCAGUGCCUGCACCCUGCCUUGCCCAGCGGCGUCCAUCUUAAAGCGCUGGAGACCUAUGAGGUCAUCUUCAAAAUCAUUGGCACAAAAUGGCUGGCCAAAGACCUCUUCAUCUACAGUUCAGGACUGUUCCCUCUGCUAGCUCAUGCAUCCAUGUCAGUGAAGCCGCCUCUGUUGACGCUGUAUGAGCGUUACUUCCUGCCUCUGCAGAAAGCUCUGCUGCCCAGCCUGCAGGCCUUCAUCAUGGGUUUGCUGCCUGGCCUGGAGGAGGGCCUCGAGGUCUAUGACCGAACGGAUGCUCUGUUGUUGAAGUUGUCAAUGUUGGUGGGUCAGUCAGUGUUUUAUGGAGCUUUGUGGGGGUCUGUGCUUGUGUCUCCACUUGUGCGGCUCCCAGCUUCUCUCUUCAUAGUCACACACUUCGACCGCAUGGCCUCCAGCUGCGAGCAGAAAUACAUGCUGGGCACUGACCAUAGACUAACUGUGAAGGCGAUGUGUCUCUCUUUGCAGGACACUAAUGUACUGGUCCAGAGGAACAUGCUAGAGAUUCUUCUCUACUUUUUUCCCUUUGCAACAUGUCUGGAUCCUGAGAAGAGCGCCAUCCCUCUGAAACGAGAAGAGAUGAUCACAGUGGUGUCUGCUGCCUCUCUUACUCUGCUCAGGAGGGACAUGUCACUCAACCGCCGCCUCUAUGCAUGGCUUCUAGGCCUAGACAUUAAAGGCGGCAUGGUGGCUCCAGAUAUGAGCCUGUAUACGACAGUAGAAGAGCAUACAGCCUACUACUUCAACACAUACUCCAGAGAACUACUGGUACAGGCACUAGUUAAUAUCCUGCAGCAGAAGGACAUUGAGAAAGAUCUAGACAACAUCACAGACUACCUCAGACCAUUUCGCAUCAUCAUAAGUUUACUGGACAAAUCAGAGAUUGGCCCGUUAGUGCUGUCUGAUGUGUUGUUGGAAGUGAUCAGGGCGUUUUAUAGUUACUGCAGAGAAAUGCUGGGGGAGGACUCUCUUAACUUCAGUCUCUCUGGCAACCAGCUCAACAGUAAAAUCAAAGAGAACAAAAACGCUUCUGAGAUCAUAAAGACAGUCAAUAUGUUGGUGGGGGCAAUAAGCAGUGAAUAUCUGUGGAACUACGUGACCGACCACUUCCAGACAUGCCUCAGCGUAUUAAAUGACCUAGUGGGGAUUCCCUGCUCUAAAGCCUGGAGUCCUCCUCCAUCUGUAAUGGAGCUCUCCACCCUCAUCAUUUUCCUCCUGGAUGUUAUUCCUUUGGAGCUUUAUGCUGAGAUCCAGACGCAAUACCUGCCACAGAUGCUGGGCAGCAUGCUACAGUCUAUAUGCGCCUCUAUGGCCUCUCUCAGCUUGCCAGAGCUCACACAGGCUCUGAGGGCAUGUUUUAAGGUGCUCAGUAAGAUCCAGAUGCCAGUGACUUAUAUGGACAUGGAGGUGGAAUCACCGACACAAAACGUGGGGAAAAUGCAGCAGGUGAUGGCAGAGACCAAAAAAGAGGAUGCUGCUGAUGCUGGUGUUAAUGACGAUAGACCAGCAGAAGAGGAAGUGUGUAUGAAUGGACAGGCUGCAGAUGAGGCAAGACCUGAACCGGCUGCGUUUCCACCCCUGCGCUCUGAAGACAGUGGAUUGGGCCUUAGCGCCUCACCCUCUGAACAGCAGCUCCUUCCUGACCAUAAUUCAUCAAAUUCAGACGUGUGUACAGAUGCAGAGAAUGUCUGGAGGAAAAGAGGGAAUGUGGAAAAUAUGUCCAAAUGUGUUCAGGACAUAUUGGCAUCUCUAAUCACAAGGCACCUGUUGAUGGUGAUUGAUCCAGAGAAGGAGAAAGGGCAGGAGGAGACCACUCAGCCUGAACAGCGUGUGUCUCCGCGGGGCAGGAAGCGCUCUCCGUCUGGGGGCAAGGGCAGCCGAGAGUUGGGCCUGAUCAAAGACAGAUUAGCAGAGUUCUUCACCCCCAGCAAGCUGCGAACGCAGCCCCAGGAGUGUUGUGAGGAGGUCGUGGAGAGAGGUGCUGGGGCUGCAGGGCUACAGUGGCUGUUGGGUUUUCAGUCACGAGGAAAAGCGGAGAUCACUGAGGCCUGCCGACAAGCCUUUACAGCCGCAUGCCAUUUAUUACUCGAGUGCACCACUUUCCCCGUCUACUACACAGAGGAAGAGAGCCAAGAGCUCCACAGCAGCAUGUUCAACAGCACCACAAGCAGUGAAGAAAACACCCUUCCUGAGUGGCUGAGAUCCUUAAUGCUGUUGUGUUGCAUUUCGAAAGACUACCAGGUUCAGCAUGUGGCGAUUUCCUCCCUCCUUGAGCUGAUAAACCACUCUCAGUCUCUAGCGCUAGUCAUCCAAGACAAGAACCGGCGCUAUAAGAGCUCUGAGGCCAACCCUCUGAGUGGACAGCUGCAGAUGGUCACUCUGCCCCCCAUUUUCCCAUCAGUGCUGAAAACUAUGGAGCUGUGUACAGACUUCUACCAGCGUGUAGCUCAGGUGCUGUGGGCUCAGUUAGACACUGAGCGCAGGGAGCAUCACAUCUCCUGUGUGGAGCUCUUCUAUCGACUGCACUGUCUGGCUCCAUUUGCCUCCAUUUGUGAGGACAUCAUCUGCAUGGCUUUACUCAGCAGAGACAAGGUUGUGCGUCUGGAAGCUCUCCACAGAUUCUCCGUUUUGUGGCACCUGACACGAGAAGUCCAGACAAAUCGCAGCACUUCUCUGAACCGUUCCUUCGACAGGUCUCUGUUUGUGGUGUUAGACAGUCUAAAUAGCCAGGAUGGCAGUGUGAGUGCAGCAGGGCAGAGCUGGCUGGUGCGAGCUCUCUCUCUCAAUGAUGUAGUUCGCAUUCUGGAACCCGUUCUACUCCUGCUGCUGGACCCAAAGACUCAGAGAACAGCCAUUCAGAGUGUCAAGCACAACCUUUCAGUUGGCAAUUUUAAUGCAUUAAGUUGCAGAGACAGGUCUGGCACAAAGAGCAGUGGAGAUAGCAUGGCAAUGCCGGAGGUCAGCCUGCUGAAUCACUUCAUUGUCGUAGACCGAGAAGCCCUAUGGCUCGACCUGGACCGUGACGCAGAACUUCGUGAAACACCGUCAAACUCCCCUGCCUUGUCCCGCAGUGAGAGUGAGGAGACUGAAGGAGAGGAUGAGGAGCCAGAUGUGGUAGAGGAAGAAGAAAGCGAGCACACAGAGUCAGCUGAUGCCAGUGGUGCCCAGAACUCAACAGAAAACUCCAGUUCAGGCUCUGCUCCUUACCUACAGGUGGGCGUUGUCAACGGGAACAUAGGGGAGGUGGGUGUAGCCAAUGGCUUAUUGCGGGUGGAUUCGGACCGCACCCAGGCUUCUGAUUCGUUAUCCAGUGAUGAGGAUGAUGGGCAGCUGGAAGCCCUGGCCAAGUCCCGCCUCUUGAAGCGGCAACGUGAGAGGCAAGAAGCGAUUGAUUCGUUGUUCCGCCAUGUCCUGCUCUACCGACAGCCGUAUGAGUUCAACAGAGUUCUGUACGCUUUCUCCGUGGUGGAGACGCUGGUCAGUAGUGGAUCGACACCGUUUGUGGAGGCGCUGUCCAGCAUGGCUCUGGACUGCAGCUCCACUGCCCACCUCAACCUCAUCCAGAAUCUUCUGCAGAGACAUCGGCAGGCCCAGGAGGGGACCGGAUUCUAUGGCCCGCUCCAAACCUCCACUCCUCCAGAACCGAAGACCACCAGCCCAGACAAGCCACCCACCUCUCCUCUUUCUUCACCCUUCUCCACCCCCUUAUCCUCUUCUACAAUGUACCUCCUUGAACUACUCACAUCCCUCUGCCUCCGCUUCUUGCGAUCCCAAUUCCCAUCUUAUGCAACCAUAAAUGCCCGUCACCUACAGGCAAACAGAGAAGUGCAGGUGAAGAGUGUGGAGGUGAUGACAGCACUGGUGACCCAGUUGGUGACGGUGGCUCAGCAGGCUCAGGCUGGUGAAACAGGUGGUGUGGACAGUCUAGAGACCAUCCGGAACCUUUUGUGGGGAUGUAAGGUGCAGCAGUAUGUCCUCCUCUCACUCUCUGCCUCGAUGUACACCUGCCAGCGUGCUGAGGCGCCUGACCGAAACACAGCCCAUGAGGAGGAGCAUGGCGAUGAUGGUGGGGAAAUAUCAGAAGAGAGCUUGGUCCAUUUUGGAAAAGAUGGAAGCUGGGCAGAACACCCGCUCCAGAUCGCCCUGCUGAAGCUCCUCAAGGUUCUUAUUGUGCUGGAGCACUGUGUAUCUCCUCCACUUUCCAAAACCCAAGGGGACAACAACCACAUCCUCCAGUCCAGAGGGGAUGCCCCAUCCUCAGCCCUGGCGCGAGAGUGGCAGACAGCCAUGAUGUUCCAGCAGUCCAUCAAGGCCGUUCGCUACGUGGCCAGCCAGCCCAUCACAGCGCAGGGCAUGUUUGUGUCGGCAGCAGCCCGAGCCUUGUGCCCACAAUAUGGCUUUGCUAUGCAUCCAGCCUGGGUGGCGCUACUCUGCGGGGUGCUGCCUUUCCUGGGCCGCUCGCUGGCCAUCAUUGUUGCCCCUAUCAUCGCUCAGAUCUGCCGGAACCUGGAUGAGCUGGUUAAGCAGCAUGAGCAUGAUGGCAUCAAGGGUACUCACAGCAAUAACUUGAAAAGGGAGAAUAUUGCACCUGACUAUCCGCUCACUAUACUGGAGGGGCUGACCACUAUAACACAUUACUGCCUCCUGGAACAUAAGAAGUCUGCAGGUUGUGAUGCUACAGACAUGCGCAAUGCAUGCAGUGCCGUUCUGGAGGAGUUCCCACAUAUGAUCAGCACCAUGGCUAUGCUAUGGGGUGUAGUGAAGGGUGCCGACUCCAGCUGCAGCAGCAAAUCCUCCCCCACCUCUGUCUAUUUCAAAAGCACAAAGAUCCUGAAGCAGAAGAUUUUGACGUUUCUGACUCCGCUGACUCAGCAGUACGGGCCACAGGUCAUGGCAUCCGUGGCUGCUGUGUGGAACAGUAGGCGAAGCCGAAAGAAACGCUCUAAAAACAAGAUCCUGCCAGUUGCCAGUGAUCCCCAGAUGACCAUUGUGGACUUGGUGAAGUCACUGAAUACGCUCCACACUGACACUAUUCUACAUCUAAUCAAAGAAGUGGUGAAGAAGCCCCACCAGAUCAAAGGAGACCAGCAAAAGCCAACUUUAGUGGAUGUUCCUAUGCUGCAGUUCUGUUAUGCCUACAUUCAGAGUCUUCCUGCUCAGGCCCUUCAGGAAAACAUCAUGCCUCUCCUCUGUCUGCUCAGAGAGUCUGUGCAGCUCAACCUUGCAGCACCUGGGCACUUCUUGCUCCUGGGAAUCCUGAAUGAUUUUGUUAAUAGACUCCCUAACAUGGAUAACAAAAGAGACUGUAGAGACCUGCAGGAAGUGACUCAACGUAUCCUGGAGGCAGUGGGGGGUGUGGCUGGCUCAUCUCUGGAGCAGACCAGCUGGCUGAGCCGUAACCUGGAAGUGAAGGCUCAGCCUCAGGUCUGCCUGCAGGAGGAUGAAGAGGAGCCUGAAGGCAAUGACUUCUAUGAGUCAGUUGGCCAGGGCAGUGCUAUGGUGUCAUCCUCAGCUCCAUCUGUGUUUAGUGUACAAGCACUGGCUCUGCUGGCUGAGGUACUGGCCCCUCUUCUGGAUAUGGUGUAUCGAAGUGAUGAGAAGGAGAAAGCUGUUCCUCUCAUCUCUCGCCUCAUGUAUUAUGUCUUUCCUUACCUGAAAAACCACAGUGCCUAUAACAUGCCCAGUUUUAGUGCGGGGGCACAGUUAUUGAGCAGUCUGAGUGGGUAUGCAUACACUAAACGCGCCUGGAAGAAAGAAGUACUGGAGCUCUUUAUGGACCCUCUGUUCUUCACCAUGGAAUCAUCUUGCGCCUGCCACUGGAAGUCCAUCAUUGAUCAUCUGCUUACUCAUGAGAAGACCAUGUUCAAGGAUUUGAUGAGCAUGCAGAGCAGUUCUCUGAAGCUAUUUAACAGUGCUGAGCAGAAGCCCAUGUUGCUUAAGCGCCAAGCCUUCGCCAUGUUCAGUGGAGAGACAGACCAGUACCACCUCUACCUGCCUCUUAUACAAGAGCGUCUGACUGAGAACCUGCGGGUGGGGCAGACUCCAGCAAUGGUAGCCCAGAUGUUCCUGAUGUUUCGUGUUCUGCUGCUGAGGAUUUCCACACAGCACCUCACCUCUCUUUGGCCAAUUAUGGUCACUGAACUGAUUCGCAUUUAUACCAGGCUUGAGAAGACUCUGCUGGAGGACAAAGAAACUUCCAAGAAUAAACGGAGCAGUCAAGAGAAGAAUGGUCUCCUGAUGUUUCCACAGGCGGAGCUGGAUAUGUAUCUUUCAGCCUGCAAGUUCCUGGACACUGCUGUGUCCUUCCCCCCUGAGCGCAUGCCUCUCUUCCAAAUGUAUCGCUGGGCAUUUGUUCCAGAAGUAGAUGUGGAGAGUUAUGAGGGGCCAGGGACCACUCUGUUGGAAGGAGAACAGGAGUGUAAACCUCACGUGGUCAGAAUACUAGAAGGACUUCAUCACCGUUAUGGGGAGCUGAAUGGAACGGUGGGGGAAUCUAUAUCAGAGUGUGUGGAGUUCCCACUGCUUGCUCUGCGUUCGCUCUCAUCCAUCACUCAGCUGGUGCCCUUCUUCCAGACUCUCUGCUGCUCCUUCAGUUGCUCAGACCACUCCCCUCAGCCCACCGCUGAUUACCCCCCACCUAGCUCCAGCAGGGUGCUGCAGCAGCUGGAGCUCAUUACUGAGGGAGAGUUUCUGGAUGGUUUAGACUCAUAGGGACUUGGCAGAAAUCUGACAGCCUGGACUUUCCCCUUAAAAGCUCCUGGAACGGGUGCUCUGUUUUACCACUUGAUGUUUUAAUUCAGCUGUACCAUCAUCUUCAUUACUCGAUUGAGUGUGAAGUGUGAUGAACGUCCAGAAUGUUGUAGCAUGACCGUAAACAGUAUGUCACAUGCCGUGCAGUGGUGUCUGUUUAUUUUUGUAGGCAUAAUGAACUUUGAGGGAAUCAGGAAAACUCUGUUGUUGUAAAGACUGAAUAAUUGGUUUUUAAUGUGAAUACUUUCUAAUUUAAUAAAGAUAAAAAUGAUAUAGGUUUAAUAUUAUGCACUAUGAAAGUUUUAUUUCAGCCAAAUUUGCCCCUACAUUCAAAGUUUCGUCUCUGAGACAACAAGGAGCUUUUAGAAUUGACCCGAUUUUAAGGCAAAUUUCAGUGUCACUGUUUGGUGACAGGGCUACAUUUUGCAUGUAACAUUGGCUGUUUGAAGCAUGAAUCUAACUUAAAUCUUGGUGCCAUUAUGGGAACUCUUAUCGAAUUUAAACAAGUAUGCCUACCAUCUGCUCUUAUUCCAGAAUGGACAGCACAGUACAUUCCAUUUUGAUGCCCUUGUUUUAUUUUAUUUUUGUUUUGUCACAUUUUAUAAUUAUCUGCAUUUCAUAGUAAAUAUUACCACAGAAACAGCACUGAAAAUAAAACUGAUCAGCAAACAGUGAAUGUUAUUCUAUAAAAUAUGAAAAUACACUUUUAAAAAAAUGUUAAAAACUGAGAUCAUAAAAUCCAGAGUUAUAUGUCUGCUACAAUGUCCUAAACUGUAAAAGCUUUGUAUUUGUAGUUGCAUAAAACUUCUUCGUCCUUUUAUUUUGCAGGGAAACAUUUGGUUAUUUAUUAUCUCUGGUAGCAGAUGCAUGGUGCAGUACAGCUUUUUCUACCCCCCCCCCCCCCACCACCUCCCAUACCUAUAGCUCCCAUAUUAUUUAUUAUGAUUUUUUUUCUGUCCCAUUGUUUUCAGUGAGCAGUCUAAAGGCCUUCCUUGGUUUUUCUGUUGGUUACUUAAUAUUUUCAUUUCCCAAACCCACAUUUCCACUACCUUCCUAUCUCCUCUUUUCUCUGCCUGUAUAGUAAUAAACUACGCUGCAAUGCCCAGUUACUGUGGUUAAUAUGAACAUUGAAUACUGAAUGUUUUACUUCUGUCUACAGAGCAAAUGCAUAUGUACAGCAAAGGAAAGUUAGGACACCCUUUGUUUUAAUGCACAUAAGGGAAUUUUUUUUUUAAGAAAAUCAGAUAUGAAAAAUCAAUCGAGGGCAUCUUCACAUUGUCAUUCAUUUCAAACUAACCCCAUCUGAUGUGACUAUUCUACAACAUAUAUUAAAGUCUAAUUUAAAAUGUAA